AUGGCUGAUAUUGAAGGUUCCAUUGGAAGUUCUUUGCAUGGAUUAACUGGCAAAGAACAAACCUUUGCCUUCUCUGUAACUACCCCCACCAUCCCUACUGAUACUACAGCAAAAUUUGAUUUGCCAGUUGAUUCUGAACACAAGGCAAAAUCUAUCAAAAUUUUUUCUUUUGCACAACCUCAUAUGAGAUCCUUUCACCUGGCCUGGAUUUCAUUUUUCACAUGCUUUAUAUCAACUUUUGCUGCUGCUCCUCUAGUUCCCGUUAUUCGGGAUAACCUAGGCUUGACCAGAACAGACAUUGGAAAUGCUGGGGUUGCUUCUGUUUCAGGAAGCAUAUUCUCUAGGCUUGUAAUGGGCGUAAUUUGUGACUUGGUUGGACCAAGAUACGGUUGUGCUUUUCUUAACUUAUUAACAGCACCCGUUGUUUUCUCAGUACGUAAGUAUAGUAGUCGAGUUCCAUAUGUUGCUGUCCGGUUCAUGAUUGGAUUCUCCCUUGCAACAUUUGUAUCGUGCCAGUACUGGACUAGCAUCAUGUUUAACAGUUCGAUAAUUGGGCUUGUCAAUGGAGUUGCUGCUGGUUGGGGUGACAUGGGCGGUGGUGUCUGUCAAUUGCUAAUGCCUUUUCUUUUCCAUAUAAUAAAGGUUUCAGGAGCCACCCCAUUCACUGCCUGGAGGAUUGCAUUUUUCAUCCCGGGAUGGCUGCACAUAAUUGUCGGUGUUAUGGUUUUAACUCUUGGUCAAGACUUGCCUGAUGGAAACCUUGGCACCCUGCAGAAGAAAGGUGCUGUACACAAGGACAAGUUUUCUAAGGUUCUCAAAUAUGCUGUCUCAAACUAUAGGACAUGGGUUUUUUUCCUCCUCUAUGGCUUUUCAAUGGGAGUAGAGCUAUGCAUAAACAACGUUAUAGCAGAAUACUUUUAUGACAGGUUCAAUCUCAAACUACACACGGCCGGAAUCAUAGCCGCGAGCUUCGGUAUGGCAAACUUUUUCUCACGGCCUUUCGGAGGAUACGCAUCUGACUUAGCAGCCCGGAAAUUCGGAAUGAGAGGUAGGCUAUGGAUCUUUUGGAUUGUCCAAACUCUUGGAGGAGUUUUCUGCAUUUGGCUUGGACGCGCCAAUUCACUUCCCAUAGCAAUUUUUGCCAUGAUAUUAUUCUCCUUUGGAGCUCAAGCUGCAUGCGGAGCAGCAUAUGGCAUCAUUCCAUUUGUUUCUCGUCGGUCUCUAGGCAUAAUCUCCGGGCUAACCGGGGCCGGAGGAAACUUUGGAGGAGGAUUAACCCAAUUAGUUUUCUUCUCCAACACAAGAUUUUCCACAGCAUCUGGUCUGACUUGGAUGGGAGUGAUGGCAGUAGUAUGCACUAUUCCAGUGGCAUUUAUCCACUUUCCGCAGUGGGGAAGCAUGUUUACUCCCCCUUCUAAAAGUGAAAAAUAUACUGAAGAGUACUACUAUGCAUCAGAAUGGAACGAGGAUGAGAAAGAAAAGGGUUUGAACAGUGCAAGUCUCAAAUUUGCUGAAAACAGCCGAUCUGAACGUGGGAAAAGACAGGAGAUCGCCUCAGCAACUCCGCCACAUUCAACACCAAACCAUGUUUGA